UUCUUCUUUUUAUUCAUUUAUGAUUUUUUUUUAUGUUCCUUUUCUGAACUUGUCUCCAACGGGGAUGCAAGGAAACACGAUGUUUUCUCAAAAUCACCGUGAAAUAUGUUGGUUUCUUCAGUCGCAAAUGAACACACCUUUUGACCAGGGAUGAGUUUGAAGGAGAAUGUAGCUAAGACAGGCAACACUGAGGACAAUGCUAGUCAAAUGUGGACCUUAUGCAAACAUGCUUUCUAUGAUUUAACUCAUGUUUCUCCGGUGGUGUUUCUGUUCCUGCUGAAAGAAUGUUAUUAUUAUGGCACAUGUAAGGCAUCAACAAAAUUCCGAGCCCUUCAACAUCAAGUACAUCUUGUUCUUAGUAAUGAUCCAAAACCCGAACCAGCAACUUUUAUUGUUCAGUGCAUGUAUGUCUCUCCAUUAUUUGAAGAUCAUAGUCAAGGAUUUACUCAUCUGAUAAUAUCUGCUCUUCGCCGAUUCCUGAAAAGAUCAACAACCACUACAGAAGACUCAUUGGAGGUGAAAGACCUAGUUGCCCAUCUACUUGUAGAUAUUAUUUGGGGCCAGAUCGAUCAUGAUGAAAAGAUUGUCCUGAAGCUACUCGAGAUUUUUGAUGUAAAACUAACAAAUGUUGAGAAAGCAAUGUGUCAAAUUAAGGAAAAACAUGAUUUAAGUUGUGGUACAGCAAAAGAAUUUGUUGAACAGUAUAUUGUUGAGUUGGUAAAAUCCCAGUUGUACAUGACAGCUGUCACUUUAAUAGAGCAAUUCUCUGUCUACCAGUAUGGCCAGUCUUUUCUCCUUGAUAUGAUACAGAGUAAUCAAUUCAAAGCCGCAGAGAAGUGGGCAACAUUUAUGGGGAAACAAAUGCUAUCCACACUUGUAGAGGAGUUCAUUGAGAGGAACAUGCUAAAGAAUGCCCAUGAGAUUAUAAAGAAAAAUAAUCUAAAGCAGGAUUUUCCUGAUGUAUACAAAAGGUGUAAAGAAAGCUCACUAAAAAACUUGGCAGAAAAAGGAUGCUGGGAGGUUGCUGAGGCAAGAAUAAACAAUGAUAGACAGCUUAUGGAAUAUCUGGUUUAUUUGGCAAUGGAAGCUGGAUACAUGGAGAAAGUUGAUGAACUGUGUGAUCGGUACUCCCUAUCCAGGUUUUUGGACAUCAAUGUACCUGAAACAAGUAAUCUGCAAGGGCAUUAUUUAAAUCUUGAUGAAUUAUUGGUUGAAAGCAUCAUUUGGGUUGAUGAAGUUGAAGGUUUGCUUGAUGCAACAAGGCAUAUUGAGGGUUUUAAAGUUAUAGGUCUUGACUGUGAAUGGAAACCCAAUUAUAUAAAAGGCAGCAAACCAAACAAGGUUUCUAUCAUGCAGAUUGCUUCUGAAGAUUCGGCUUUUAUCUUUGAUCUGAUAAAGUUACACAAAGAAGUGCCUGACAUUUUAGAUAACUGUCUAUCUCGCAUUUUGCUGUCACCUAGAAUUCUAAAACUUGGCUAUAAUUUCCAAUGCGAUGCAAAGCAACUUGCUUAUUCGUAUGAAGAGUUGAGAUGUUUCAAGAACUAUGAAAUGUUGCUGGACAUCCAGAAUGUUUUUAAAGAACCUCGGGGUGGUUUGGCUGGGCUUACAGAGAAAAUACUGGGAGCUAGUUUAAACAAGACAAGACGAAACAGCAAUUGGGAGCAAAGACCUUUAACUCCACAUCAAUUAGAAUACGCUGCUCUGGAUGCUGUUGUACUUGUUCACAUAUUCCGCCAUCUUCCUUGUCAAGGACAUAAUAAAGAUAAAUCUGAGUGGAAGUCUUGCAUCGUGUCCCUCACCGAAAACGCCAAGAAAUUCAAGAAAUGUGUACCAAAGAUUGUAGACACUUGACAAGGAGACCAGCAAGCAUUGAUUUCUGAUGAAUUGAGAUCGAAUUUUUUAACUGAUUGCAUGUGUAUAUGGAAAAGUUCCUAUAGAAAAAUAAGAAAUUUUCAAGAGGUAAAUGAUAAUUAAUUUCAUUGAAUAUUUUCUUUUUCUUUUUUUGUAUAUGACAUACAAUUUGAAAUUUGGCAUUUUGUACAUGCUAUAUUUACUAGCUGCAAUUACAGUUGUAUAGGGUGAUACCCAAAAUUAGCGCGAUAAACUUAUAUGUAGUUUUUUUUAAAGAGAAACUAUAUAUAGUUUUCUUUUUUGAACCAAGAAAUUGUAUAUAGUGGAGGGUGAUGAACAUGGCUAAAUUUAGACUGACCAAUUUACCUCCAUUCACCUCUGAUCUCUCCUUUCUUCUCUACCAUGAAAUCAUAUAUAAAACACAAUUCAUAGCAUUUCAAGACUCUUGAAUUCCAAUAUCCUUUCUUUCUCUCUAUCUAACCAAGUUAAAGAUUCAUAAUAAAGGGAGAGAGAGAUAGAGGGACAAUCAAACGCCAAUACAUAUAUAGAAGGAAAAUAUAAAACCUGGAUAGAAUUUUGAGAUUUAAGAAUUGAUUAUCAUAUCCAAUCAAAUCAUAUAGAUGGAAGUGAUCCAGCAACGUCAGGCUCAAUCAUUCUGUGUAGGGACGAGACAGAUCCAACUACAUGAAGUGCAACGGAGAACCAUACAUGACAACCGAAUGAGGAUACAAAGGAACAGGGACAGGGCAUCUACUAAUUAUAAGCCAUCUCCAAGGAGUGAACGAAAACCCAAUAAUGAAUCGCGAUGGAAUCACGACGAGACCAAGAGAAAGCGCAGAGUGGCCAAAUACCAGCUUUACGAAACCCAAGGCAAGGCCAAGUCUUCUCUUAAGGAAGGAUUUCGCAGUAUUAAGGUCACGUACAUGAAGAUCGUCGCCAAUUUUUAGCUAUAAUGCAUUGGAAUGUGUCAUCUUUAUAUUACGUUACUUGUAUUGUAUAUGUGAGGGAACCUUCCUCGUGGUUUCAAUCCGGUGAAUGCGCUUUCGAGAGUUUGCUAUACAUGUACAGAUUCUUGCUUUGCAUGUUUGCUUUUUUCUAGGAUAAAUAUGGGUUGCGUUUCUUUCUUUCUUG